AUGGCAACUAAAGUUCCCACAGAAAUAUUAAUUAAAAUUUUAAAUUUUCAUCAUUUAGUUCGACUCAAGAUUUAUAUUUAUCAUUAUUAUUCAAUCGAAUCUGGUUCGGAGAAGAAAGCAUUAUGUAUUCGAACUCAUAUAUCUUGUAUGGAUGUUCAAGCCAGAACUUUACUUAUUCAAAAUGGAUAUGAUUUAUCAUCAUCACCACCUCAAGCCACUUUUGAUUAUUCCUUGUUAAGAUCAUUAACAUUAAUUUGUGAUAAUACUUUAAAUAUGGAUUUAUAUUGGGGUUCAAAUCAUGAUUUUUUGAGCUAUCAUUGGUCAACAAUUAGACAAUUUAUUUCACUCCAAGAAAUUUAUAUUGAAGGUUGUUAUGGAUGGCAUAAAUCGGAUUGUUUACCCUUGGCUUCAUCAUUUACUCAAUUAACAAUAUUUAAUAAUUUUAAAGAAUUAAGAAGAUUUUCAUUUGAUUGUGGAGGAAGAGGGUUUGAUGCUAAUGAAUUAUUAUGUCAAAUGGCCGAGAAUUUAUCAGAAUCAUUUGAAACUAUCGAAAUUAGAAUGAAUUAUUAUGAUCCAUGGAUAUUUAGUGCUGAAGAAUAUUUUUUUGAAGGGUGGUGUCGUCGUAAAGUAGGAGUACGAAAUAAAAAAUUAAGGGGAUUACGUAUCGAACAUUUAAGACACACACCCCACGAUUCCCAUCAGGAAUAA